GUCAACUUGAAAAUAGAAAUUCCUAUUUUUAGCGAUUCAGGAAUAAGCGCGUUUUAUCAAAAUUGUCCCGGUUGUGAGCGUUAGCGGAAACUAAUCUAUGCAUUUAUACAGGGAUUCAAAGAAUAAAUUUGAAUACAUGGCGAGUUACGGAUUUCGGGGUCUGAUAGUGCCGGUGGUGACAGCUUUUCACGAUAAUUUUUACAGGUCUCUAAAUUUAGAUGUCAUUUCGAAUUUUGCGAAAUACUUGCUCAGUUCCGGAAUACGUGGGGUGUUAGUUUCAGGUACCACGGGCGAAGGCAUGUCCCUGAGCAUACAAGAGCGAAAGGACUUGAUCAAGGCUUGGGCCGAAGCGGUUCAAAAUACCAAACAGCACCUCAUGGUGCAGAUCGGCGGCUGUCCUCUGCCGGACGUCCUGGAACUGGCGCGUUUUUCCGAAAAAAAUGGCGCGGACGCUUUACUCUGCCUCCCGGAACUUUAUUACAAACCGAAAACCAACCAGCAGCUGAUCGAAUACCUCAAAGUGGUGGGAGAUGCGGCACCAAACACUCCUUUGUUCUACUACAAUUUUCCUUUGAUGACGAACGUGACUCUGGACGUGGCGGAUUUCCUAAACCGAUCGGUUGACCAACUCCCCACUCUACGCGGCGUCAAGUUCACUUCGAGCGACUUGAAUGCGGCUCAAGAGGCUCUCAAUGCAGCAAGCGGAAGAUAUACAAUUUUUCUUGGAAAUAAUACCUUAAUAUCAGCGGCGACUAUGCUCGGCUUCAACUCCUUUAUUCCCGCAACCUUGAAUUUGGUGCCGGAAUUAGGCCACCAGUUGCUUGAAGCUGCGAACAGCUGCGACUUGGAGAAAGCGAAACAACUGCAGAAUACUGUUACCAGAGUAACUAAAAUUGUCGGCGCCACUGGAUCCCUGAUCCCGGGCAUAAAAGCAGUCAUGAACGCGUUUUCCCCGAUCAAAGUAGGCCCUGUGCGACUCCCCUUACAAAAUUUAAGUGACAAUCAGCUCGCAGAAUUGGAAUCCGCCCUAAAACCUUAUAUGUAAAAUACGCAAUAACUCAACAAUGAAGGUGUAGGAGUUUUUACAAAUUGAGAUAAUAAGAGAAAUAAAGGUUGUGAAUUUAAAGUACGCGUUAAAUACGAUUAAAACGGCAGAAACAUUGUCAAGUGUGGAACAAGUUAUAAUGAAGUGUUGAUUAUGAAUUUUAUGUAUUUGUUAUUGCCACGAUUAUACGAUUUUUUAGGGUACUUAUUUCUCUUGAGUGUUCACUGCGGAGGGAUAAGUUAUGGAUUGCAAAAAAUUCAAAACAGCUGUUGCAAAAUCCACGAACUUAACUGGCUAAAAAUUGACAGUACUUUGAAGUACUUUUUGGCAUCUACGGUUAUCCAAAUGAUUAGCACACAGACUCUCACUGCCAUGAUAUCGUUUUAUCUUCGUUCCGCAGAUCAUUUUCUUAUAAUGCUCUUGUAAUUUUUAAUAUUGUACCCGAAUCAGUAUGACUAUAACUUCUUGAGCAACCCAAGAGGGGAAAAUAAAACUAAAAAACUAAGUUCUAGCGUACAUAUUUGGUAAACGUUAUACAACCAAACAGUUGAACUCCUUUUUCAGGCCAAAUUCACAUAUUUCAUAGGCGUUACCAAACCAUUUUGUUAAAAUUUGGCGCGAAAAGACCAAAUGAAGGGCCUAUAUUUAAAAAUGCGUAUUGCAUUUGAAACGAAAUCCAAAAUUAUACCAAUUACACUUCUCUUAAAAUUUUCGGAGAGAAUAGAUUCUAAAUAACAUAUUAAAAAUAUAUAUUUUUUUGUGUGAUUGCUUAUUUUUUUCUUUAUAUUUAGUUAUGAAGACUGCUAGGGGUACUGUAAUUCAAUCUGUCUCAAAAGUGCGACUUUAUAAUGGUUAUGCUUUCGUAAUAUUUUAUUGUUCUAGCUAUUUCUUUUUCCGUCAUAUUUAUAGCGCGAUACAUCCUUAAUAGCUGUUUCUUGACCCAACGUUUAUUUAGCAUACUGCCCUUUAUUUUAGGCAAGGAAUGACCACCAAUUUUUUCGCACACACCCUCUGUUGUAUUAUGUCAAUAGUUGUUAGGGUUUAUAUUUAAAACAAAUGGUAUUACAUACAUCUUAUUAUGUCAUCAGUUGUUAGGGUUUAUGUUGAA